AUGCCUUCACAGAACACUCGCCAGUUUGGCAAACCAUCGCUGUGGAUGCAGCGAGAAAACGCAGAAUAUGGUGGGCAGCGAUCGUUUCGCAACCGAGUGGUCCAUCCCAUCAUCGCUUCUGAGGACUCUGACGAGUCCGGCGGCGCGCCACUCUGGACACCAGUCUCAGCAGAGUUCUCCGACACCACCACCACUCUGGCUACCACGGACUACGAAAUCUUGAACGAUAACUCACUGCAGUCCAAUCGAGGCGAGCCGGGCUCUGGUUGCCCUCCAGACCAGCGUGAGCGGCAUCAGAACAUGGCUUCCCUCGAUGUGGACGAGCCCCAGGGCGGCGUGUCCAGCGCUGAGCCAGCCCGCCCACUGGUCAGGCAUCGCCAUACUCUUGGCAGCUCUCUCAACGCGCUCACUGCACCAUUCAUUCCAAGCAUCAGACACAAGAAGUCGCACUCUGAGUCCCUCGCGGUCAACGAUCAGAAUCAGCCGAUGAAUGAGAACGCAAGUCAUGCUCUCGUAAUCCACAACAGCGACUUGUCUCAGACUGUCGAGCACCGUCUUCGCAUCUUUGCCAACCCGUCUGAGGAAACGCGAAAGACUCGCUCCGAUCUGCUCAACUGGCUGACAGCCCGAGGCGUGCCGCACGAGCGAGAUCUUCUGGACCCCAACUACUUGCCUUUCGUGGAGAGUGCCAGACAUCAUGAGCCUGCCGACUAUGCGGUGGUCCAGAUAGCCAAUAUCCCCUACGGAAUCUCUCGCGCCGAGAUUGGCAACCUCGUUGGACGCAACUCGCGCAGGAUUGCAGACCCUCUCGAAGGCAUCCACAUCAUUAUGACCCGCGUUGAUGGCAAGACCCACGACGCCUUUGUUGAGUUUGAGAACAUGACGGCAGCCAUGAAUGUCGUCAACCGGCUCGAGACCAGACCAACAAGCAGCGGCCUCAACGCAAACACCCGCCUCGGCGACCGGCAUGUCGUCGUCACUCUGUCGAGCCAGUCUGCCUUGAUGGAAGCCCUGUUCCCAAAUGCUCGAGGCGUCCGAUGGAACGGCAGCAAGCCCCAAUUUCCCCUGCAGUCCAAAGAGGAACCGUGGAAGCACUUCAAGGGCUUCAUGACGCUAGAGGAACUGUCAAUGCUUGUCAAGCACGUCGAAUUCCCGCAGAGGGCCUCAUUCUCGACCAACUGUCCCGAGCGUCCGUAUGAAAGCUACAUCAGCGUGCUCAAAAAGUUCCCGUGGGAUGAGACAUGCUACAUCACCAUCCACAUGCAGCACGUCAUGUACGACACAGCCCAGAAGCUGCUCGACUUCCUGCAGGACAGAAUCGGGCACGGGGAAUCCACCACGUGCCACCGCCUUACUCCCCAGCUGCUGAAACGCUUCGUCGCCGCGUGCCUGCUGUGCCCGGGCUUCACAGUCCUGCAGAAGGACAACAUCAUGGUCUCGGCCAACCUGGACUUCUCGGACCUUGCCGGGCUCCCCUUCCACCAGCCACGCUUCGCGGACUGCUGGCGCCACCAGUACGCGAUCUGCCCAGCACCUGGAGUCCCCCAGGAUGUCUUGGAGUUCUACAUUGGCAUCAUCCGCGAAGAAACAUGCAGCGCCGUCCGCGACCUCCCGCUCGACGACCAGCGCCAGAUCGCCGCCCGGGCCGCCACCACCAACGACUACUGGGGCUACUUCUGGCUCGAGGUCGGCUUCCCGCCCGCCGCGGACAACAGCCACUACGGCUACGAGGGCGGCGGCAGGAUCUCGGCUUUUGACAGGCUGAACCUCGCCGAGGCUGCCCGUCUCGAGUGGGCUGCCAUCGACCGGAUCUUGCGCAGGGCGCUCCGGCCCGAGCCGCAUCGGGAGAAUGCACCACCGCUACUCUGCUGA